AUUAUUUCAAAUAAAGAUACGUAUAUAAAAAUGCGCGACGAAAUUUCUGAAGAUUUCGGUUGAGAAAGAACUGUAACUCGUGGUGUACUCUUCUAGUUAUUCAUUUUUGGUUUUGACCCUUUUUUCAAUGUUUAUUAAUGUACAGUAUAUGGGAAAAUGUGAUACAUAACAUCUAGUUUUCUCCGCGACAACAAGAAAUAUGAACUUAUUUAGUAACGGCGCUUCUUGUCCUUGAAUUUCAUUAGUAAUACCAUUGACCGGGUGGCCGUUGUAAGACCACUUUUAAUAACAGCCACUGUUCCUUUAAUUCAUCUUUGUUCCUCGCCUCGCGUGAAAUUAAACAAAUAUUCAUUAAAUAUAAUAUAGCUAGGAAAUAUGAGUAAAGUUUGCAGUCAUGAUAACUUCGUAAGCGCUACAAAAUAUGCACAUAGCAUAUCACUAGGCACAAAAUUGUAACCUUAAUAAACCCGAGUUGAUAAGCGAGGGUAAUAUAUAUAUUGACACAAUAAAGCAUACAAACUUUUAUAUAAACCAGUAUAUAGCAUGUAUAGCAUGCUUAAUGUCCCGCAUUAUUGCUAGCUUUAAUUUAAAAGGAAUUAUUAAAGUCCAUUUGUAUAUAGACAGCAUAUCAACCACACGUGAAUCUGGAUUACAGAUUACAAACAUAUGAACUUGUCGGUACGAUAACUUGAUAAACAGGUAUAAAAAUAGAAAUGGAAAAUACUAAAAAUGAUACUUUAUUUAGUAUCGGAAAAACCAGCUAAAUUUGCUUUCUUUUGGAGGAAAACAUCUUUCUGUUUUAAAGAACAUUUGUGGAGAUAAUGUGAUCUAUUAAACGCUGUAGGGUAUGGCAUUUGAAAACAUAUAGGCUUAUGAGUUGUUUAUACAUGUAUAUAGUGUAUCAAUUAAACACACGUAUAUAAUCGGAAUAAUUGACAUUGCCCAGUCAAUCUACAUAACUGAUAGUGAAAAACGAAAGUUGUUCUUUUUCAUUAAACGUGAAAGAAAAACGAAAGCUGUUCUUUUUCACUAAACAAAAGAAGGAAAUUGUAUUAUUUGCAAUUGAACUAAAAUGUAUUCCUACAGAUAUGAAAUUACAUCGUGUAAGAACGUUAAUUGAUUAAUGGAAACCCAUCAGAGACAAAAUGCCGACUGCCGAAAAGAUACAAGACGGUUAUUAUCGAAAUUGGGUAAGGGGCGUCUUGGGAUUAUUCUUUCUUCAAGAAGGAUUGCGAGACUUUGUUGACAGAAUUGUUAAAAAGCAUCAUUCAAAUGCGUUGCAAAGUGUUCGCCAACUAGUUGAUAACCCAGCCGCUCAAUGUUCAGGGUGUUGUGUAAGCAAUAUUUUACCUGCACAUGCAACAAGCGGAACGUGUAUACAGAAAAAUGGCAGACAUUGCAACUGUAGGCGUAGAGCUAACAGACACUGCUCAUUUUGUAGUUACAUGUAUGAUGAAAUAAUUCAGCAACAUCGUUUUGCCUCUCCUAAUUGGGAAACAGAGGCAAGCUUGUGGUCCACAGAUCAUUGGCAAUUUGCAAAAUGUUUCCUUAACACAACAAGCAAAAAUGGAGAAAAUUCUGCACUUCUGACCGAUGCCGCAGGGCUACUUAGUAUCAUCAUCAACACUAAAUUUGUUCAAAAUGAAAUAGCCUGCGUUAUUAAUGCACCUUAUGACGACUUUUGUGAGGCACGUCUUUCAAGAAAUGAGAUUCUUCACAGCUCAAAUCUACGACUGACUGAUAUAGAGGUGGCAAAUCACCUGCAAAAAAUGAUCACAGUUCUUGAAGAUGCAAAAACAUUGGCGCAUGAUCCCGCUGCGAAAGCUGCAGUCGAGAAAAUAAAGAACAUCCAGAACGACAAGCUGAUUAUUACCACUGAGAGUGAAACUAAAGCUAUAGAAGUGGCAUUGUCAGCGAUAGAAUUAAAGAAAACAGAAUGCAUGCAAGAGCUUAAACAAAAAGAAGAAGAAUCACUGGUAGCCAUUCAGUCCGAAAAAGAUAUUGCGGUUGCCGAUAUAAAUAACACAUUGCAACCAGAAAUUGACCAAAUCCAUCAAGACAUGGCAAAGUUGAAUACCGGCAUUCAUAACAUUAAAGAUCGGGUGACUAAGACAGAAAACGCCAUUGACACAUUAAGAAACUAUGCUGCUGAUUUGAAAUUAGACAUAACAAAGCUAAGAACAUGUGUUACUGAGCUAGACAACAGAAAAACAAAACAAGAAAAACGACUUGCAUAUCUUCAGAAAAAACAAGAUUUGAAAAGGUAUCUUAUUGAACAGUAUGAAGAUUAUUUGACAUCGGACAUUUCUCCGUUUAUACCCGAAGAAGAUGUUCAUCUGAGUAAAGUGUUCGUUCCUGUUAAAAUGAAGCGAGCAAAUGAUGCAAAAUUCCAUGGAAAGACAACAUAUACAGCUAUUGAUUCAUUUGACAGUGUUAUCUAUAAAGACGAUAAGCUUAUGCAUAAUGUGUUCGUUUUAGGGGAUGCAGGUACUGGUAAGACAACUUUUUGUAAGGCCUUGAUUUGUAAAUGGUGUGAGGCAAACUCUGAGGGCAAUUAUGACCAACGCUUAGUUCUUCCUUCCAUUAUCAAGGGUGAAGGGUCAAAAGCGUCUCAUGAAUCUGAAACAAUGAGGGGGUUCGAGUUUUUGUUUUAUGUCUCUCUUAGGCACACAUGUGACGAACGAUAUAUUGAGGAUAUGAUUUACAAUCAGCUUCUUAAAACUGAUCAAAAAGAUUUUCUCUCUGAAAUCUUUGUAACCGAAUCAAAUAAAUGUAUUGUAAUACUUGACGGCCUAGAUGAAUGGAACCCGCGCAAAAGUAGUGUUCGACCUACACUACGAAAUGAUUUUCCAAAGGCAAGGUUCAAUUACGUGAAAAUUACUACCAGUAGGCCAUACAAGCAAGAUUCUCAAGCAGAUUUGCGAAUUCUCCUUGAAGGCAUUGGUAAAAAAUCUGUAGAUCAAUUAACGAAGUCUACUGUGUCUGAACUGAAUAAAAAAUUUCAGUCACGCAUGUUCUUUUGGAAAUUUCAAGAUGAGGUUAACAAAAUGAAUUUGAAUGGGUUGUGUAAAACUCCAAUUCUCUUAAAACUUCUUGUCUGUAUCUGGUUUGAUGAACAGUCAUUAGGUAAUUCAUACUGUGGUAUUUAUAGCUCUGUUAUCAAUGUCAUGAUCAAGCAUGCAAAUGAACGUUCAAUGCACGAUGAAAAGUUUCAGAGAAUCAAGUCAAGUUUAGUUUCGCAUGCAAAGCAUUUGCCCCUAUGUUUUGACGGCAAGGAAGCCUGUCUUGAAAUGUCGUCUCUUAUUGCUUCGUUAAGCAAACUUGCUUUUAAUGCACUUUUUACAGAAAAUCGUGCAUCGUCCCUUGUUUUCAAACAAGAUGAAAUAAUCAAGGAAGGAUUACAACAUGAAGAUAUAGAGUUUAGCAAGCAAAUUGGGUUACUUUCGGUGUCACAAGUACCUGGCCGUUCGGUCAUACAUCGAUUCCAGUGUUUUACUUUUCCGCAUAAAAGUAUACAAGAAUAUCUGUCAGCGGUUCAUCUAUCUGAUAUCAUAUCAGAAACUGAUCCUCUAAACGAACAGAUUAAGAAAGGUUUUGGUUCCAGAAUCAUGCUGAUUCAUAAUGCCAUUGUUUUGAAGUUUCUAUGUGGAAUAAAUCUUGAAAAAGCAGUAAAGGUUUCAAGGUAUAUAGCAGAAUCGAUGGGUGGUGAUCAGAAUAUUAGCUACUACCGCAAACACAUGCAAGACCAGCCUCAAUUUAAUGAGCACUACGUUGCACAAUGUGAUCCUUCCGUCACUGAAUAUCAAGAUGUUCUUUAUGAUUGCAUUAGAGAAGGAAAGGCUUGUGGUAAAAACAAGUUAAACUUUCACGUGUCCGAUCUUGAUAUUAACAUUAAUACAAAGAUUAGAACUGUCUUGGAUGAUCUGGACAUGUCAUCUUUAGUCACGCUUCGUAUUCAUGAUGACCUAUCAGCUAUAGAAAACAAUUUUCUAAAUAAGUUUCUGCGGCAACAAUGCGCGAAUCUACGCUGCGUUGUUUUGAAGAACAUUUCUUUGACAUUAAGUCAAUUUGAAAAGGUCAUGCUGAAAACUGUGACCUUGAAACUCGAUCAUGUCAACUUUUAUGACGUUAAAGGUCAUGAUGACAGCUUAGAAGACUAUCAGUUUGACAAAGUACAUACCAAAGUCAGAGAACUGGUAAUAUCAAACGUUCAACUGAGUUGCGUCUGGCUAACUAAACUCCUAUCAGUAGUGUUCAAAGCAUCAGAUCUUAGAAUGUUGGACCUUCACUGUAUACGGUGUAUAUCGCCAUGUGUAAGGCAAUGGCAGACGACAAAAGAUCGUGUAGCGGUUCAGGAAAUGCCGAUGUUAACUCAGUUAAAGCUAGAAGACAAUGAGUUUCCGAGAGAUAUACUUGAUUUUUUUGCUGUGCUAUUGAUGUAUUCAAAGCAACUCAAAAACAUCCAAUUACAAAAUAUCAAAAGUAAUUUGGUUUGUUCCUGCAUGUCGUUGCAUUUGUACAAGGCGGUAAAUUUCGAAACUUUAGUUUGUACAGCAUCAAAACAAAUAUGUUUCAGAAAUUUGGAAAUUGGCAGAGGGCCUCUCAGGGACAUGUGUUCAAUCCUUUCAUUUUCAGAGGUAGUGGAGCUUCAUUCAUUGGCAAUGUCUACAUCCCAAAUGGAAGAGAUAUUGUCACACAUUGCAGUCUCGUCAAGUCUGAAAAAGUUGUCCAUUUGUAAAGUAGACGGUCUGUUGUCCGACUUAAAAGACGAUGACGUACUGGAUUUUGAACUCGUAAUGCCAGUAUCUCCACUGCCCGAGGUAAAGGUAUUUGAGUUAAUUGACGUCAAACUGACGCAUAUCCAUAUGGAGAUGAUACUUUCAAUUUUGACACGCGCUGUAAAGUUUACAGAGGUACACAUGAAAGAUGUGAAAUGUCAAUGCCAAGACGAGUAUGAAGACACGUGUGUCUUAAAUAAAAUCAAACAAGUACUUCAUAAAAAAGUAUCCGGAGUGAACACAUUGUCAAACGAGUUGCAUAUACGGAGCUAAGAUAAAAACGCUCUUUAUUGGUUGAAAUGUUCUAGACAUCAGUGUAUUGUAUUUAACCCUACACACAUGAGAACUAUGUGUCACGUUCAAAAUGACGGCAGCUCCAUUUUUUUUAAAGAUUAAACUGGUUUUUUGACCUUUUGUUUGAAAAAUAAAACCCUUAAUUUACUUAUACUGAUCAGUAAAGGUCAAAGACAUUAGACAAAGACUUUGUUUUUGUGGCUUAUGUCCACAUUAUUUGAAUAUAGUUCUGGAGGAAUAAACGAAAACGAUCUAUUGAAUGAACCAAUCAUUGCGUUGUCUGUUCGUCACAUAUGUGCCUUUUGUUGCAAAUAUCUGUCACAUAUAUUGGCUUGACAUAUCUUUGAAGAAUACAUUGCUUCUCUCAAGACCUGCGAUAAAUCCCAUUUGAUGUUUAUUUUGGUCAUUAUUAUAUAUAUCAGAAUACAUUAAAUGCUUUACAUUGCUUUUACUAAGUAAACGUACUACUUUUGCAUUUCAUUUUUGGUGUUUUAAAUGGCAUCAACGAACAAAGCCUAAAUGCAAUUUAUUCAAUUGUGUUCACUUUUUAGAAUUGGAUUUAUUUUUGUGUUUGUUGUUAUUUUGUUGUUGUUCUUUCCUUGUUUAUUAUUUUUCUUUAUGUCGUUUCUGUUUUUACUCUUCAGAUAUCUCUUUCGAUUAGAAUUUCACAUAUUUCGUCAUUAAGGGCUUUAAAAUGAGUUAAACUGCUGAUUCACGUAAGAUUUCUUUAUGUUUACUGGACUGUAAGUAAUCAUCUCUCAAACGAUUUAUCUUGAUACAAAAUCUUAAGAUAAUUAUCUAUUAUGAUGUAAAUAACGUCAAUAACGUGUUUAUAUUAAACGCUUUAAACACUGUAUUUAAUCAUUUAAAUGUUGAGAGUUUGUGUUUUUAGUGUAAAUGUUUUGUUCUUUGUUUUUGGUGUUUUUUUUCUUCAGUAAUUAUCAAAAGCGUUAUAUAAUGUAUAUUUGUUCAAGCAAAAAAGCUCAACUCUUACUCAGGGUCACAAAAUUUAUCAGAUGAUAUUUAUUUACGAAUGCAUAAUAUAAGACUUAAAGAAAAUAACCUCAACAUCUAUAUAUUCGCAGCAUAUUUAAAUCAUAAAGUUCGGUAUGUGUUUAAAUUGGACUCAAGGAAUGCUUGAAUACAUAACAUUUCAUCAACGUUGAACUUGUUUAAAUUAUUUGUUUGUUAGGGUUUUAUGUUGUUUUAUUCUUUUUGCAAAUUAUACCUUUUAGGCACAAUGUGUUUCUAAAAUAUUCUUUGUGUAUAGUUGUUUUGUAUAUCAUAUUCACAAUAUUAAUGUACGACAUAUUUUGUAUUGAUUAAAACAUAAAAGUCCCGUAUAAUGUAACUGUUUUGUUGUUAGAUUUCGGAAGUACAAACUGCAUACCCUAUAAUAUAUCAAUCGUGUAGGUCAUAUAUACAAAUGAAAUUUAACUGAAAACAUUAUUCUAAAUUCUGUAAUUAACGAUGCAGUCACGUGUUAUAUUUCUGAAAAACAGUUUUACUUUGCAAGGUCUACGGAUAUGGUUUUUGUUAUGGUUUAAUUUUUAUUAUUAUUGUUAUUUUUUGCGUGCUUACUUUUCGAUUUCCGUACCAGAUUAUUGUUGUCAUUUACAAAAAAACGUUGGCUUUAUUAUUUCAUAUUAAACUGAUAUCGGAACACGUCGAUCAUUAUGCAUAUAAUAAUUUUGGAGUUAAUUACGUAUUGGAAGUAGUUCUACCGCGUGACUUCAGAUGUAAACAACAACAGAAGAUGUUAUCUUUAUAUAAUGAUUAACAGAUGUAUUUAUUUCACAUCGGAUGGAAAAUAAAGACAAUUUCAGUAAAAUUUGGAUUGAAAAAUAUUUUUGACAAUCAGUAUCAAUUAAAGAAUGACCAUUGUCAACCGAUUAUAAUCAAAUCCGAUAAAUCACCAAAAGGGUUACAGUUUGUAUUCCGGUUUCUUAAAACUUAAAAGUUAGUAUGUAAAUAAUUUACUUUCUUACAUGUAUAUAUUUUAAGUAGACUUGUACACGAUAUAAUGAACUAACGCAACAAGUCCCGUUAUUUACAUGGUUGACAAUAUGUUGACAUAUUUAGAUUUUUUGGUUAGAAUUCGUUCUGUUUUCAUGCUUAUCCUAAGUUUGUGCGACUGAUUCUAUUUUUAUGUCGGAGGUUAUAUUUUGUCAUUUGUUUACAUUAUGUUGUGCUACGUAUUGAAUUUUACAUUUUUGUAAAGAUUAUGUCGCAUAAAGUUAUUUUUUAACUUUCUGAUUAUUUUUAUUGAAACUGAUAAUUUUUAGCAAUACAACGAUAUUAUGUA